AUGCCAAUUAUAUGGGGGCAUACAACAUGUGCCUGCAAGCGAGCUGCAUACAAUUAUGAAGCCCUGGCCAUUUCGAGGAUGGGCUCUGGAUGUUAUAGGAGAAAUAAGGCCAACCUCGUCGAAAUAAUAAAGGCGAAUGGCCAAGUCGAAGCUGCUAAUAAGGUAAUCAUCAGCCUAAUAAGGAAACACAUAGGAAAGAAGCCAAGAAAUUGGCAUAAGACGUUGGAUCAAGCUUUGUGGGCGUGUCGAACGUCACCAAAAGAAGCAAUUGCAAUAACCCCAUUUCGACUGGUGUAUGGGCACGACGCAGUAUUGCCAAUAGAGAUUCAGGUCCAGGCGGUCAGAACCCAAAGGCAGUACGAAAUACAUUCUGAAGAUUACUGGAGUAUGAUGACAGACGAAUUGGUCGACGUAGAUGAAGAAAGAAUGUUAGCGUUGGACUCCCUACAAAGGCAGAAAGAGAAAGUCGCCCGAACCUACAAUAAAAAGGUGAAAGGUAAAGCGUUUGCUGUUGACGAUCUGGUUUGGAGAGUGAUCCUGCCUAUGGACAGAAAUGAUAGAGUUUUUGGAAAAUGGUCCCCUAAUUGGAAAGGACGGUUUAAAAUGUUGCAGGCCUUUUCCAACAACGCCUACAAAGUCGAAGAGUUGGCAUCAGAUAGGCGAAUUCUAAGAGUGAAUGGAAAGUACUUGAAAAAAUAUAGGUCUCUCCUUCAAGAGGUCAAAAUUUUGGCAGACUAA